GAGCCGGCGUCGCUGCUCCUGCCGCCGCUCCGCCGCCGCCGCCGCCACUGCUGCUCCCGCCGCUGCGGCUUGGUCGAUGACGACGCGACACGGCUCCACACUCCGCCACCGCCACGCUGUGCCACGACGUUGCUGAUUUAAAUUCGCAUCGCCAAAGGAAACUCCAACACGGUAUUCUCCUAGAGAAUCAUGGUAUAACAGCAGGGCUGUCUGGUGACAAUCAUUCGAAAACGAGCCGCACUGAACCUGAACAGCGCCUCUCGCAGUGCCAUUACCUCGGGCCCCGCAGCUGCGGCCGUGUGAGCGGCCGUGAAAACGCAGGAGGCCCUGCGCCGUGGCCGCAGUGCGCAUCCGUCUAGGCGUCCGUGCUCUUCGUUUGUAUGACGAUUUACGUCGCCACUCGAGCUCCAGUCCCAGCGAGCGGUGCGCGCCUCCUCCGCAGCUGUUCCAGAUCGGUCGGCGUGAAGUCGGGUGUCGCCUUGAAGUUGGUUUCCAACGCUUCAGGUGACUGCUGACAUUGGCAGAUGGUUAUGGCCCAUUUGGCUGCAUUCUCUAUAGUCCUAAAGGAGAAAGGGUACAGAGGUUAUACCUGCAUAUGAGGUGAGGGCUGAUCAUGCUUGGCAUGGAAACAUGGCAGCCCAAUUCGCGAGCCCAGCCCUUCAUUCCGAAACGUGGGCUGGGCCUGUACAAUCCUCAAACAUUAAUUGGACGACCAUUAGGGCGUCGCCGAAUUCUAACAAAGCUCUUCCAGGGACUCCUGGUAGUGGUGCUCCUUAUAACUAUUGGAAUCAAUGUUAUGUUCAUUUUGGACACCAGUCGACGCUUACAAGAAGAGGCAUUGCAUGCAGGUGACACUGGAGAACUUGUCGAUGGAGAAAGUCGAAGGAACAGUUUAAGGCUUCAAGAGAGUCAGCCAAAAUCUCUGGCUAUUGAAGUAUUAUCCAGUCAAUCCAAAGUUUCUGUUUCAGUUGAUGGCACGACUAUAUUGGAAGAUGGAGAAGAACAUAAAGGUCGUGGCAUCCAUGUUCUCGUUCUAAAUCAAGCUAGUGGGAGUGUAAUGGCUCAGAGAACAUUUGACACCUACUCUCCUCAUGAAGAUGAAGCAAUGGCUCUCUUCUUAAACAUGGUGUCUGAUGGUCGUAUUAUUGUAUUUGCAAUUAAGGAUGAGGGAACAUUCCAAAUGAAACAGCCUGCCCGAGACUUGCUAAAGCGCCUUGGUUCAAAACGUGCGCAGGCAAUAGGUUGGCGAGAUAUGUGGGCCAUGGUUACACAGAAAGGAUCAAAGUUGUUUGGAGAAUCUUACAGUAAGAGUACUGAAUUUAAUACAUGGGGAGCACCAGUAGUACUCAGAACAGAAGUGCCCUUAGUGCCUAUUGAAGAGAGUGAAUGUGAUUGGCCUGAUACUGAAGAGAAUAAAAGAAGAAGAGAAUUUUGUAACCAUAUAGAGGGCUAUGGUAGUGUUUGCAGCUGUAAUGAUCCUGCACCAUUAAUUUUUAAUCCAGAACCUGUUAUCAACAAUCAAGUUCAUGAUGUUCCGGUUGCAAUUAUAGCCAGUAAUAGACCACAUUAUUUGUACAGAAUGUUACGUUCUCUACUUUCUGCACAUGGUGCAAAUCCUGAAAUGAUAACAGUAUUUAUAGAUGGUUAUUUUGAAGAACCUCUUGAAGUUACAAAAUUAUUUGGCCUCCGAGGCAUCCAACAUACUCCAAUUGGGGUGAAGAAUGCAAGAAUAUCCCAGCAUUACAAGGCUUCACUCACUGCGACAUUUAAUAUAUUUCCAAAUGCUAAAUAUGCUAUAAUUGUUGAAGAAGAUUUAGAUGUUUCACCAGAUUUUUUCAGUUACUUCAGUCAAACCCGUCGCCUUUUAGAAGAAGAUGAAACAGUAUACUGCAUUUCAGCUUGGAAUGAUCAAGGAUAUGAACAUACUAGUGAUGACCCAACUCUUUUAUACAGAGUGGAAACAAUGCCAGGUUUGGGUUGGAUUCUCAAACGUUCCUUAUACAAAGAGGAAUUGGAGAGUAAAUGGCCAACUCCUGAGAAGAUGUGGGAUUGGGAUAUGUGGAUGCGCUUACCUGAGGUGCGGAAAGGAAGAGAAUGUGUGAUUCCUGAUGUUUCUCGUACAUACCACUUUGGAGCAUCUGGUCUAAACAUGAAUUCCUAUUUUCAAGAUGUUUACUUUAAAAAACAUUCCUUCAACACACAACCUUAUGUGGAACUUCAGAAUAUAGACAGUGUGAAGAAGAAUAACUAUGAGGAAUUAAUUAUUAGUAUGAUCAAGAAAGCAAACAUUUUGGAUCACAGCAAGUCUCCUUGUGAAGAAAACUUUGUACCUGAUAAAAAGGGGAAGAUAAAUAUAAUGUUUAUAAAAAUGGAAGAACCUAAGGACUUCCUAACGUGGUUACAAGUUGCAAAGUGUUUCAAGAUAUGGGAUCUUGAUGCUCGAGGCCAUCAUAAAAGUAUGUGGAGAAUGCAUAUGAAAGGCAGUGAAAUGCUAGUGAUUGGAGUUCCAAAUUCUGAAUAUGCGAAAUACAAGCCUUCAAAUAUAACUCCUAUUUACUUGGAACCACAGAAGGAGAAGAACAAAGUUAGGUAGCAGGAAUGUGGUGCUGCUUCUGAGUAUUAAGCUUUGCAGAGAUCUUGUGCCAAGCCAUCUGUUACACUCACCCAUGUGGUCUUCGUAUGUCUUCUCAUGUAUCUGAGAAGACCUGGGGGUAAGGUGGUGCUGCAGCAGAGCUCAGAAACACCACCACACCUAUCACUAUUCAAUUGAGAUGCCAAACUUAACGAUCUUGUUAUACUAAUUGUGUUCUUGUGCAAAUAUUGCUAUAUUGUGUGCUAUAAUGACAAUAAAAAGCAGAGACCAUAGUCGUGUAUGAAUGUCAAGGUUUUAAGCCUGUAUAUUUGAGAGUACAUGUAUUGUAGAAGAUGAUUGAGGGAAAACAGACUUUUGGAAAUGUGUUAUGGCAAGUGCUCACUAUUACUAGGAUCCUACCAGUCCCAUAAAAUGAACAGGUAUGUCAUUGAUAUUCCCUGUCAUAUUGCGAUUCCUUGUUCCAGUGGAACAGCAUUUGUAAUUUACAUUGAAAAGUAGUGGUUUUUAACAAGAAAUGUUAUCAGUCAUGCUGAAGAAUCUUUUUGUUUGCAUGUAAAUAACUGUGAGGUACCAAUGUGGAAGUAAUGAAUCAAGAUAUUCUAAUAGAUAUAUUACGUGUUACUGUCAUUAAGUAAUCUUUUGACAGCAAUAGAAUGACUUAAAAGUGAAGUCUGUACAGUAUUGUUCCACAAUAAUAUUGUGAUUUUUCAGCAUGCAAAGUUUAUUUUCAUAUUGAAUAAAGUCUCCCUAAAUAUCAAUAAA